CCGGUGCCGCCCCCGGUAUAAGGCGGCGGCGGCGCGGCCGUCCCGGCCGUGCGGAGCUGCUGCAGCCCGGGGAGAGGCAGGUCGUGCGGCGGCGGCAUCAUGCGCGAGUGCAUCUCCGUCCACGUCGGCCAGGCCGGCGUCCAGAUGGGCAACACCUGCUGGGAGCUGUACUGCCUGGAGCACGGCAUCCAGCCCGAUGGGCAGAUGCCCAGCGACAAAACCAUCGGUGGAGGGGAUGACUCUUUCACCACCUUCUUCUGUGAGACCGGGGCUGGGAAGCAUGUCCCGCGGGCCAUCUUCGUGGACCUGGAGCCCACCGUGAUUGACGAGGUUCGGGGAGGAGUCUACCGCCAGCUCUUCCACCCUGAACAGAUGAUCACCGGCAAGGAGGAUGCUGCCAACAACUACGCCCGUGGGCACUACACCAUCGGCAAAGAGAUCAUCGACCAAGUGCUGGACAGGAUCCGGAAGCUGGCUGACCAGUGCACAGGCCUCCAGGGAUUCCUCGUAUUUCGUAGUUUUGGAGGGGGCACUGGCUCCGGAUUCACCUCCUUGUUGAUGGAGCGACUCUCUGUUGACUAUGGCAAGAAGUCCAAGCUGGAGUUCUCCAUCUACCCUGCACCACAGGUCUCCACCGCUGUGGUGGAGCCCUACAACUCCAUUCUCACCACACACAGCACACUGGAGCACUCGGACUGCGCCUUUAUGGUGGACAAUGAAGCCAUCUAUGACAUCUGCCGCAGGAACCUGGACAUUGAGCGCCCAACCUACACCAACUUGAACAGACUCAUCAGCCAGGUUGUCUCAUCCAUCACAGCAUCACUGCGGUUUGAUGGGGCCCUGAACGUCGACCUGACCGAGUUCCAGACCAACCUGGUGCCCUACCCUCGCAUCCAUUUCCCCCUGGCCACCUAUGCUCCAGUGGUUUCGGCUGAGAGAGCUUAUCACGAGCAGCUGUCGGUGGCCGAGAUCACCAACUCCUGCUUUGAGCCAGCCAACCAGAUGGUGAAGUGCGACCCUCGCCACGGCAAGUACAUGGCCUGCUGCCUGCUGUACCGCGGGGACGUGGUGCCCAAGGACGUCAACGCUGCCAUCGCCACCAUCAAGACCAAGCGCAGCAUCCAGUUUGUGGACUGGUGCCCCACGGGCUUCAAGGUGGGCAUCAACUACCAGCCCCCCACGGUGGUGCCGGGGGGGGACCUGGCCAAGGUGCAGCGCGCCGUCUGCAUGCUGAGCAACACCACGGCCAUCGCCGAGGCCUGGGCUCGCCUGGACCACAAGUUCGACCUGAUGUACGCCAAGCGAGCCUUUGUGCACUGGUACGUGGGCGAGGGCAUGGAGGAAGGGGAGUUCUCCGAGGCGCGGGAAGACAUGGCCGCUCUGGAGAAGGAUUACGAGGAGGUGGGCCUGGACUCCUACGAGGAUGAAGAGGAGGGCGAGGAGUAGAGAAGGCCCUGGCAAAAAGGACGGUGCUCCUUCCCCGUGUUACCUGCAGAAACCCUUUGCAAUAAACCAUUUCAGAGCCUCUGUGUCUCCCACUAA